UCAAAGAGCGGUCUGAGACUUUCUCUAUCUAACAGCCUUCCUUAUAGCAGAGCUGAACACAAGCAAAGCGAUGGCGGCUGGUUCCAGGCUUCCCCAGUUGAAGCAAUGUCUCGUCAGGCAGAAUGGCCAACAGGAGCAGCACGGGGUGGCGGCCUCCUGCCUCCGGGAGCUGCGAAGCAAAGCCUGUGACCUCCUAGCAAUUGACAAGGCCUCAGAGCCCAUCACGCUGGUGUUGGCUGAGGAUGGCACCAUUGUGGAUGACGAGGACUAUUUUUUGUGUCUGCCGCCGAACACCAAGUUUGUGGCACUGGCAAAGGGCGAGAAGUGGUCCACCAGCAGCAUAGAUGGGGGCACAGCUUGGCUCAAGGAAGACGUCGCAGACGUUGACAGAGUGGAUGGUGGUGGUGGAGAGAAGUGGAGGCAACUGGCCAGACAACUGAAGGACGACCUCUCCACCAUCAUCUUGAUGUCGGAGGAAGACCUCCAGGUGCUCAUCGAUGUGCCAUGCUCUGACCUGGCUCAAGAGCUUUCUGAGAACCAGCCCAAGAUCCAGACUCUGCAAGACACCCUUCAGCAGGUGCUGGACAGGCGGGAAGAGGAACGGCAAUCCCGGCAGCUUCUGGAACUCUACCUGCAAGCGUUGAAAAACGAGGACCACAUUGUACCCAAAGCAGAAGAGCCAGGAUCAGAGGAAACUGCCAUGGACGAAACAGACGUGGUUGACGCUGGGAGCAGCAACAGCAGCAGCAGCAGAGGUGCUGGUAACGGGGUUCCACUCAGCAGCCAUGUUCGGACCACACUUAAAGAGAAGUCUGCCCCAGAACUUGGCCUGGCAAGUCAGGACUUAGAGCUGGUUUACAAAGCAAACCCAGAAGCUCUUGCCCUGACCCUGAACUGGGACAAGCCGAAGACAGAGGCCUUGCAGCAAGCCUGUGGGGAGGAACUUUCAAGGCGCCUACAGCAGGUUCACGCCCUAAACUCCUUGAGGAGCAUGUCCAAGGGCAAGAAAAAGUUGCCAUGGGGGGACUGGUUGAGUUCCAAACGCAAGAAAUAAGGAGGCCUUGGGAGUCCAGGUUUGGACACAUCGAUGAGUCUUCUGUGCCUCUACAAACUGAACAACACCAUGUGAGCACAGAAAUUCUAACCAGGACAUUGUUCACUGGACUCUGCAUCAUUCUGCAUGGAGAAAAAUUCUUUGCAUUUCUACAAAGCACUGCAGUAUACCAACUGCCAAAUUAGGGGGGGUGAGAUUAUUUCGCGCACAUGCUAGGAGGGCCUGCUGGAAUCCUUAAAAGAUUGUGAUAUAUAUUUGUUUAAGUAUGCAGCGAGGAAAAACUAAAAAAAACCUAUCUCCUUUAUGCUUACAGGUGGUGCUGUUAAGUUGCUACCAUGAUUAAUUUUUGGCUUUGGCACUGGCCCAACGCCCUAGAGUUUAUGGGUCCUGUUUUUUUGUGCCUGAUCACCUUUUGCCUUACCUUCCUGCUUUUCGAUGCUUCCUUCCUGCUAGAACAUCACACUCCAUUACAAAUAUAUACAAAACGUGCAUUUUAGUGGCACGUUUCAUGUUGUAGUAGAAUGCAGCCAAACGUCUUGUAUUCCAAAGCCACGCUUGCAAAGUGACCCCCAGCUGGUAGCUCUCCUUCUCUUGCCUCAGUGCCUGUGCCAUUUCUAUGAGACUCCAUCUGUUAAUGAGGAUGACAUUAAGAAAACAAUCUGACUUUCUGGGGCAUUCCAGCUGAGACUAUAACCUGCAUAAAGUAUCAUGGGAUAGUCACCACUCCUAUUAGCAAUAAAUUCGACUAGUUAGCAGUUCGUUUUUCUAAAAACAAAAACAAUAUUUAACCCUACAUUUGCCUAGUAUUAAAACUUUUGUAGUAUUA